CCCCCCGCAGAGCUGAGGCGCUGGGCCCGGCCGCCAUGGCGGGCGCCCUCCCGUCGCGGAGGGGGUCGGUCCGGGCCGAGUCCCUGGUGCCCGCCCAGCUCCCGCGGAGCAACCUGCUGGGCGCCCUGGAGGAGAAGCGGAGGCUGCAGCUCAAGAAGUUCCUGCUGCACAGGUUAUUUUUUGUUGCCAAGCUAUCAGAAAGAGCAGACAGGCGAGACAUUACAGGUUACCACGAAAGACUGUUUCAGAACAUAUUAAAAUACCACCUAGGAGAACCAGUCUCAGGUCUACUUCUCCUCUAUCCCAGCUCCAUGCUUCAUAUACUAGAGACCUCCAGCGGCACGUUAUAUCAGAUCCUCCAAGAUUUAGCUUCUCUCCAGAAGCAAGGCUCCAGUGCUUUGUUACAGGAAAUUAAGAUUUUAGUGGUGUCACACAACAUCCCAAUGAGGCUCUUUCUGCAGUGGUAUGUCACAAUGGUGACACUGCCUGUGACAUACCUAGAAGACGUGACACAAUCACAGUCUACAGAAGAGGUGGUCACUGAAUGUCUUACGCUCCUCCUCAAACUGGGAACAUACCUUUCAAAGACUUUUAAGGUGAGCAGUAAGGGACUGGGUGACAAUCUACAUACCCUUGUUCCAGAACUUCUAAUCCCAGCAGAAACAAUUAACUACUUGUUCAAGGCAAAAGAAUUGAUGAGUCCGGAAGCAUUUCUGAAAAUGUAUAACAAUCCUUUACAGCCUGCCAUGGCUUCAGCUUCAGAGACCAAGAAAUAAAUGAACCAGAGAGACCAAAUUUACUUCACUGAGAAAACAGUGCAAGGUUUGGGGCAACAUUUUUACUUGUGGGAUGGACAACACAGUGUCUGACCUUCUGGAAAGCAGUAAGAUAUCCCAGGAAUCAGAAAUAAACAGCUAAAUGAGAAAUGUCAA